AUGGUUCAGACUCGCCAAUCGGGAAACUUUGACACCCACUUCAACAAGGAGACAGACGAAAUUACUGCUGAUGGAAUCCUCACCAUUAGAAAGGCAGAAAGAGACGUUGCUGCUUUCCCGGACUUUUUGCCUACUUGGAACCCAAACCAAAAGUACCCACCAUUGAAGUUCUUCAAGCAUGAAGAUCCUGGUCACAGGGCUGACCCAUCUUUCCCCAAUCUUUUUCCCGCUGAUGGAGACUUCAAGACUAAAAAAGUGACUCCAAAGUUGGGUACUGAAGUCACCGGUGUGCAAUUGUCUCAAUUGGACUCCAAGGGUAAAGACGAGUUGGCAUUAUUGGUUGCCCAGAGAGGCGUGGUGAUUUUCCGUGACCAGGAUUUUGCUACUCACGGUCCAGGCUUUGCAGUGGAGUACGGCAAGCACUUUGGAAGAUUGCAUAUCCACCCUACCUCUGGUGCACCCAAGGACCACCCAGAGUUGCACAUUACCUACAGAAGAGCAAAUCCUGCGGAAUUCGAGAGAGUGUUUUCCGAAAGAACACAUGCUGUUGGAUGGCACUCCGAUGUCUCUUACGAGCUCCAGCCUCCUGGAAUCACAUUCUUUUCUGUUUUGGACGGUCCUGAAGCUGGUGGAGACACCAUUUUCGCAGACACCGUUGAGGCUUACAAAAGAUUAUCACCUGAAUUUCAAAAAAGAUUGGAAGGCUUGCACGUUUUGCACACUUCUGGUGACCAAGCAGCAAAUGCUAGAAGACAAGGAGGUGUGGAGAGAAGAAAGCCUGUUUCUCACAUCCACCCAUUGAUCAGAACACACCCGGUUACCAAGGAAAAGAUUAUCUAUUUGAACAGACCUUUUUCGAGAAGAAUCGUCGAGUUGAAGGAACAGGAGUCCGACUACUUGAUGAACUUCUUGUACACGCACAUUGAGUCUGGCCACGAUUUCCAAUUGAGAGCAAAAUGGGAGCCACGGUCAGUUGUUGUCUGGGACAACAGAAGAGUCGUGCAUUCUGCUAUUAUCGAUUGGGACGAGCCUGUUUCAAGACAUGCCUUCAGAAUCACUCCUCAAGCUGAAAGACCCGUCGAGGACUUGAAGGACUUGAACAAGGAAGAAGAAGACCUUGGUGAAGUGAAGGAAGCACUUGCAAAGUUAACCUAUGCUGAUUGA